AAACCAACAGUUUACCUUUUGAUUUUGGAUAAGAAUUCUGUGCAUACCAGUAUAUGAUACAUCAGAUUGUCAUGAUUUUCUCUUCAGAUCCAUUUGAAAACAUUACAGUGCAUGUACUUCACAAUGGAAGAAAAAAAAGAAAAAAUGGAAGAAGGAGCAGCAAAACCGACAAAAAUCAGUAUAAACAGCACUAAAACAUUUAAAAGAGAUGUAAAAGAUAUCUUCCUCUUGAAGAAAAAGAAACAAGCAAACACUCCAGAAAUUCAGAAACUGAAGCAUUUCCCUGAAGCAGAUUUAUACAAAGUCAUCUAUGAUGUUGCAAAUGAAAUUGCUGUUUGCUACGGGUGCCAGAUUGGAUCUUUGACCACUGACUCUGAUGUUCACUCUUUGGCAGAAUUUGCCGUCUUCUGCAUGCUUGAAACACUAAGAAGUGAAGAAGACCCCUUUAAUAGGAACCGCAUGUUGUUGUCUAUUCUGGAGAGAAAUGAUUUGUCAGUUCUGAAAAGGAAUCAUGGGUUUGAGGAUAGAGAGGUGUUUACUGCAUCAGGCAAAACAUGGCGUCUGUCUGAAAUCUUCAGAGAACCAGGUAUUUGUAUGCCAGUUGUGGAAAAAGGAAAAGGAGACAUCAAAAUGAUGUUAUAUCAAGGAACGGCAGGUGAAGAGAAAUAUGGCUAUAGAUUUCCACUCACUGUGUGGGAUGAGGAUCAACAGAAGUUUGCUGUAUGUGACAGCGAUCAGCAGUAUAUGGACAGCUGUGACCAGAGAGAAGAUGAUAAACACUCUCUACUGUCAACUCAGAGCCUACCAACAUUGGUCCUCUAUAACUCGGACCUUUUCCUAGAGUACAUUCAGAAAGCUGCAUCUGAAAAGAAAAAGAUGACUUUUGGUGAUUUUGUGAACGGAAAAGCCAAAGAGCCCUACUUGUUCAUUGUGCUGCGGCCUGUUGAUGGUUUUUCAUCUACCACUAUGCCAUUCCUUGAGACUAUGACACAAUGCGACUUUUCAAAUACCGAUUUGUCUUUCCUGAGGUUUUCAAAGAUCACAAAAGAAAUAAAGGGCUGUAGUUUCUCAAGUGGAAAUUUAAGCAAUACAGAUAUGUCAGGUGUUGUCAUAACAAUGUCAGAUUUCAAUUACGCAAAUCUUUCAUUUGCUUCUUUGAUUGGCAGCAACUUAAGAAACUCAGAAAAUACAUGGAAGGACACAGUCUUUUGGUAUACAGACCUCAGUAAUGCAAAGCUUUCAGAAGAAUUAGGACAUGUGUUGAAAAAGGGGGAUGAUAUAAAUUUGGAAGGCUCUUCCAUAUUAUCCCAUCCUUCAGAGGAGAUGGCUACUAAAAGUAAAACAGUUCAUGAAGAUGAUCCCACAACAGAAGUCAAAUCACGUAGAGAAGGAGCAGAAGCUGUUGAGAAAGUCUUCCAAGAUGUUCAGUCUAAGAAAGCUUCCCAGUUACCUGAGAGUGAGGAAGAGUCUUCAGAUGACAGUGAAGAAGAUCCUGAUACAGUGGACAGUUUCCAGGAGUCUGGUGACACUUACGCAGUUUUUUUACCCAUGGAGCCUGACAGAGGGAAGAUGCAAACACCUUUGAGUGAACUUAGUGAAGACAAAUCUCAGCAGAUCAGACAAGAAGCAGACCAGCUAAAUGCAGCAAUGACAGGGUCAGGGGACGUCAACUUUGUGUAUGCCUGGGCAGCAUGCGAUGCAAGAGACCUCCAUAACGUUUUCCUGGUAGUCUAUGUUCGUAGCCUGGAAGAAAAUCGUUGCUUGUUUUUGAAACAGAAGCUGGAGGAAAUGAAAUGUGCCAAGUACAAAAUAUGGCUGUUCAACAAACCAAUUAGAUCCAAGUUUCCUAGGUGCCCCAACAAUAUGGAACCAGUUCCACCUAAUUGGGUUAGUAAAAUGUGGAAGACUUUAUAUGAACAUUCCAUGAAGUUAUUCCAAGAGCACAGCAAUAUUUCUUAUAUGACUGCCAGUAAAUUUGAAAUUGAUCGAAAUGGUCAGUGUCACAGAAAAGAUUGUGUUGUAGUGUACGUUAGGGACAAAGGUUACAUUCCAGCCAAUGAAAGAAGUUUUCCAAAAAGAUUGCCCAACGGUAUAUCUGUAGAUGUCAGGGGAGGUUAUUACUGCCCAUUAAUGGAUGACAAAGAAGGGGCUGGGACCACUGUAGGUUGGGCUGGGGUUCCUAGAAGGGUGGCACAAGCUGGGGCUGGGGCUGCUGGGGAAGGGGCUGGGUCUCAAACAGAAAGUGCUGGUGCCCUAGAAGAAAUGACAAGGAACUGCAGUGGAGAUAGUGCUCCUGGUGUGGAAGCGGGAGGUUCUGGGGGCAGGGAUGUUGCUGCUGGGGAAGGGACUAGGUCUCCAGUAGAAAGCACUAGACCUGGGGGAGUAACAGGGGCCAUGACAGGAGGUGGUGCUCCAAAUGUGGAAAACAGAGGUAUUGGGAGCAGAGGUUGGGCUCAUGGGGAAAAAAUUGAAUUUCUUAGAGCAGCAGUUGAGGGUUUUGGGGGAGACACUAGAGGUGCAUUUAAACAGCAUUUAACUAUAGGUUGUGGUAUCAGCAGGCACAAUGACCAUUUAUAUGGCACAGGGACACUGGGAAUGUUUGUCAAAGAUAAGCUGACCAAGGAGAUUGGUCUGCUUACUGCUGCUCACACUCUGAUCGCUCGAACACAGAUGGUUAUUCCUGUGCCUGAGGAAAUUGAUCCACUAGCACUCCCAAUGGAAGGAAGUAUGUAUCCUAGUGACAGAAGUUUUACAGCGCAAGUGUCUGAUGAACAGACUGAAGAAGCCAGUGAGCAGGGUACUAAUUCUCCUCAUUCUGUACCUACUACCACCCCUCAAGAGAGCGCCAAUGCCUCCCCAAAUUUAAGGUCAUCUCCUGUUGUUGGACCUGUACAACCAUCUCUUCAGAUUUCACCCUUCACUUCCUUGCCAGCAGGUUCAAGACCGGCAACAUUUUCGACUGGCAAAGAACCACUAAUGUUACCUGAAGCUUCUGGCUACACAUCAUGUCCUGAUGCAGUGAUUCGUUCUCAGUCUCGCAGUCCAGUGGCACAGACUUGUGUAGCUGAAACAAAUCAACCUAUCUCAAAAAUGGCAAAUGUGUCAUCCACUUCCAGACCACAAAACAUAACGACUUCUACUUUAGACUCAUUACGACAUAGGACCCCAUCUGAAAGUGCUUUGCCUCAGGAUAUGCCACCCACCCUGGUCCCCAAUCCCCAAAUAUCCCCUCUUAACCUACGGGGUCCACAAUUCCGCAUGCAGGGGAGCUCUGAAGAAUUACCAGCAGAAACAUUUGUGGUACAGCCCUCAGAGGGGGAGGUCAGCUGGCUGCGUUGGUCUUCAGAUGGGAAUGAAAGAUAUGAUGUGGAAAAUAGAAAAUGUGCUGAAGUUAAAAGCCCACGGAUGUAUUGUUAUGGGGUCAGUCAAAGUAGAAAUUGCGAUUUUUUGCUAAAAUUGUACCAUCAGAGAGAUCAGCCUGGUCCUGUUCCAGUGGGUAUUGAUGCCGUUUUUGCUUCAAUUUUGAAACCACGCCAGCCAGAAAAUUCUUCAUUCUUGCAAGGUAAAGUGUCCUUUGAUGAACCCAAUAUCCUCAAUUUGGAUAAUAUUGUAGAGAUUUUAAAUGGUGAAUGGGAAGCUGAACCAUGUAUAAGAAAAGAAUUAGAUGGUACAUUCAGUUUGGAAGUCUUCAAAUAUGGGUAUAGGACACAACUCACAAGGGGUAAAUUGGAUUUUGUUGGUGGAAUUCCCUCAGUCAUUUCCAGGUAUGGUUGUAGUUCAAAUGCCAACAUCUUACCAAACCAAAUGGAAGUUCAGUUAUUUGAUCAGUCACCAGCAUUUGCAGACCAUGGCGACUCCGGUGCCAUCGUUUUCACAAUUUUGAAACAAUCUCUGUAUGUAGUGGGAAUGGUGAUAGGAAGGAUUGGUGAAAAAAUUGUAGUGACACCAAUAGAACCUAUCUUUGAAAAAUUAGGGCUUGAAUUUUUGGAAAAGCAGGAUUACCUAACAGCUUGAAAUACAUAAACUGGUUGUGAUAGGAUUUGAAAACUUGCAGAAACAUAAUUGUAAAUAUUGUAUUUUUUAUUUAUAUAACUAUAUGUAUAACAUGCAGGAGAAGAAUAUUGAAAAAAUAAAGGCACAAGUAAGUCAUUA